AUGGCCUCCACAAAUCUCCCCUUGACCACAGCCAUCGACUACGCUGACCGCACUCAUGGCGACGUCUCUUCGGCGAAGUCAAAAAAGGAAUCGACUUACGCCUCCAAAAUAUCUGAAUUCAGCGGCAUAGUCUCGGCUACCCGUGAAGCCUUCAUCCAACGCGUAGAUUCAGAGGAAGAAUCAAUCCUCGAGAACUCCGAGUUCAAGCUUCCAGGCAGGAGAUCCUUGUUCAUAAUCAUCGCAGGGAAUGCCUUGUUCCAGACUACCUUCUUCAUCGUCGUCUCUUCCGCCAGUGCCUAUGCGGAAUACUUGGGAGGAUCACCCACGUUCGCUGGUUUGACCAUCGGUGUCCCGGCACUGUGCUCUGGACUCGCCCUCCUAGUUAUCACCAGAGUGGAUGGAGGACGCUAUGAUGGACCAUUGAAUCUAUCCUACGCUGCCAUGAUCCUCGGCAACGUCCUCUACGCCCUUGCAUAUCGAGCGAACUGGCUAUACUUGAUCUUAAUCGGUCGUAUAGUGUCAGGUUUCGGCUUCACAUGUUUCCUAUACAGCAAACGAUACUGCUCCGACCCCCGUAUUGUAGGUAUCCGCCGGCGAACGACACUCGCAAGCUGGUUAGUCGUGGGCCAAGGAAUCGGUUUCGCCGCCGGCCCUUUCUUCGGAGGCCUGCUUUACAAGAUCGGUUUCUCGAACCCCAUAUUCAACGGCGUCACGAGUCCCGGAUGGGUCAUGGCCGUCGUGUGGGUGAUGUUCUGGGGUCUGCACACCCUAAUCUUCAAGGACGUCGGUCCACAUUCCCGCGAACAAGCUAUCGAGAUGACAGACGAGCAGCAGCCAGCGACAACAUACCAAAUCACCCGGGAACAAUGGGGUGUUAUUAUCUGCAUGUGCUACUAUUCCAUGACAUGCUUUUUCAUGCUUGGAAGUUGGGAAUCAAACAUCCCCGUCUUCACCGCCGAAGCGCUCGGCUAUUCCCCAUACCGCGCGGGAAAUUUCAUUGCCCUGGGCGGCAUUUGCUCCUUUCCUUUCCUUCUCUUCAACGUCUGGUACGCUCGACGCGUGCAGGACCGUGUCACCCUUGCGUUCGGGACGACGCUCGGCUUCAUCGGUCUUCUCAUCAUGCUCGCCAUUCUCCACACAGACAAAGUCACGUUCGGCUCCCUCUUCGUCUGCUGGUUCCUCAUCGCGCUGGGGUUCAACCUCGCCAGCACAUGUACCCUCAGCUUGCUCUCAAAGCAACUUCCAGAUGGUUGGAAUAGCCGCACGAGCAUGGCUAUUCAAUAUAGCAACUACGUCGGACGGGUUACCGGUGCCAUUCUUGGAGGGGCAGGUGUGAAAAUAGGCAUGGUAAACUAUGUUGGGAUUCAGCUCGCUGUUGUCGGCAUGGGAGGGGUGAUGUACCUUACAUUAUGGAGGCAACUGAAGGCGAAGACUGGCUAA